AUGGAAACCCAUAAAAAGAUAUAUUAUGAGAAUUUUCUUGCACGUUGUAAGAAGAGUAAGGAUAAACUAAAGCAAUUUAUCAAGACUCGUCAAGAAAAUAUUCUUCGUUGUUAUGCAGGGACCAUUGAGCUUGACAUAGACCCUGCAGACAUAAUUGUGGUUGAUGCCUGCUUCAUCAUCGAGCUCUUUUUAACGAACUUCUACGAAACAGAAAAUCAUAAAAAUGAUUAUAUAUUGAGAUCACCAUGGCUGAGGAAAGCUGUAGAGCAGGACUUGAUACUGUUUGAAAAUCAGCUUCCUUAUUCUCUUCUUCAAGAACUAUAUCAUGACUUUGCUGUGCCUGUCUCUCGCAGUUUCCAACCCAGCAAAGAAGUACAAGAACAGACUCAUAGUAGUACCAAUGACUUCCUGUGCUGCUUGCCUUGCUCCUGGCGGAUACCUUGCAAUGAACAUUCCAUAGAGAUUGACGAAGCCAAAUCUGCUGAUGACGAAGCUGAACCUGCUGAUUAUGAUCCCCUGCUUGAGCUUACCUUUGAGUUCUUCAAAGAUUAUAAUAAGGGGAAAUCUGUCAAGAAUAGAGUAAAACCAAAACAUUUCACCGAUUUGGUUAGGAAUUUUCUAUGUCCUGACAAAAAAAUGGAUUGUGAACAUAAUAGUGCUCCUGUCAAAAAUAUAUAUGAUGCAAAGAAGCUGAGGGCAUCAGGGGUGAAGUUUAGGGCACUUAAAGAUGGACCCUUAAUCAUAGAGAAAGAUGAGGCCACUAAAUGUAAGUUCAACUUGGCAUGUUUUAGAAAUAUGGACUUGAAGCUUACGCCAUUUUGUGUCAAGGAUGAGACAGAAUGCGUUGUUCGGAACAUCAUGGCCUUGGAGCAGUUUUCGUACCCGGACAAACCUUAUAUCUGCAAUUACUUUUUGCUUAUGGAUCAGCUGGUGGACACUGUGGAUGAUGUGAAUUUGCUGGUUGGGAACAAAGUUAUUCAUAACACGCUAGGCAGCAACGAAGCAGUGGCGAAGCUGGUUAAUAGACUUUGCGAGCAGAUCAUGGACGAUAAAUCCUGCUAUUUUGAUAUCUGUGAACAGCUUAAUAUGCACUAUGAGAAUUUUUGGAACCGUCAUGUGGCAACCCUGAAACGAGUUUACUUCAAGGACCUCUGGACGGGCAGUUCAACUGUACUUGGAGUCGUUGUCCUUGUUUUCUCAGUCAUUGGAACCAUUAAGUCUCUCAUGUCGUAA